ACAAGAAGAUUAACAUAUGACCAGGAUGACAAUUUGGACAGCCUAUUUUUUGUUAAGAAAUUGAUUUCAUGCAUAUUUUUGUCAAUUUUUGUGAACUCUCGUUUGCCUUGGAGUGCGAGACUUCAAAACCAAAUAUGGCUGCCAGGGAUGGAAGAUUGGCCAAUCUUGUCAAUACUUUGUGUCAAAAUAACCGUUUUUCUCCCCAAUUUUAACCAUUUGUGAACGCUUAGAAGUCACCCGUAGAGAAGAAAACCUGUAGAGAUCCAAGAUGUCGUCCGAAAGUGAUGAUGAGGAGUUCUACGACGCUAAAGAAAACAUUUCCCUGACGCAAAGUCCAGCGCAGAGGGCUCAACAGGCUCAAAAACCUGAAGUUCCUCAGCUGUCAAAGAAACAGGAAGAACAGGAUGAACUUGCCAGACAAGAGCAAGACAGGAAAGCUAAGGAGGAAGAGGAGAGGAAGAGAAAAGAAGAGGAAGAUAGAAAGAAGAAAGAACAGGAGGAGCUGGAAAAGCAACUGGAGGAAAAUGAAAGGAGAAGAAAACGGCUGCUUGCCAUGAGAAGACAGAUGGAGGAGGAAGAAGAGCAUGCAGGAGACAGCCCCCAACCGGAUGAAACCGGCUCUGAAGAGACUCCCGUUGACACUAACCCGGUUCAAACCAGUGAGGAACCUCCUGAGGCUACUGUGGAGCCAGAAAAACCUGAGGAGAAAGACACAAGUGAAGAAUGCGUUCCAAGCCCAACACCCAGCCCUUCGCCAAGUCCAACCCCAGAAGCAGGGGACGGCUUCAAAACAACAAAAGACAUCUCUGAAAUGCAAGCAGACUCCGAAGUAGAGACCAUCCUCGAGCAGAGAGUUGAAAAAGAGAAAGAAAACCUACAGGAGAUACUCGAAUCACCUGAUAAGAGAGAGGAAGAUGCUGUAGAUGAACCCAAACCAAUGACCGUAGAACCAGAUAUAGUUGCUAGUACCAAACCUGACAUUGUAGCUGUAACUGUGAGUAAGGAGAGACCGGGUAGUCUGAAGGUGCCGCCGCCACGCCCACCACCUCCUGUAGCCCCGCCCAGAAGACAGAAGAAAAAGUCAGCCAACGAAACCCCAGAAAACGAAGCCCAAGAAACUCCUACCAAGUCUUCCCUUAUUGAAGGAGAGAAGGAAGAACCCAAGGGUCUCCUUACCCCAACAUCUGAGGCUAUUGAGAGUCUGACUAAAGAGUUAGAGAGGUCAUUGGACAUGAAGGGGGCAACCAGUGGGUCCACCCUGGUCAAGAUUCAGCAUGAUGAUGAGUCGACCAAAGCAGAGCCCACCCCUCCAACCUCCCCAGCAGACAGCAAGGCUGAGCCCAGCUUCAAGCCUGCAGAGGAACCUGCAGCUGGGGAGAAGGAGAACCCUGCUCUACCCCGUCUCAGGUCUGCCUCAGGUCGACCACUCACUGAUGAGGAAAUCUUGGAGCAGGUGAUGAUAAAGAACCUGGAUACAGGAGAGCUGGUUCCCUUGAGUCAAGCUGAGGACAAGCUGCCCAAAUGUAUGAACCCUCUGUCCUUACAUAUCAUCAGGAGGACCAAGGAAUAUGUCAGCAACAACAGCCUGAACAAGGAUGACUCAGACACAGAGAGCGUGGAGGGACAGGCAGACAGAGGGAAGACCAUGCACCAGGCUGAGGAGAAGUUAAAGAAGGGAACGAAACAACUGAAGAAGCUGUUUGGAAAAGCUGUGGAGAAGUCGGUGAGUAAGAUCAAGGAGAUCAAAGACGAGGUGUUCGCCGGUGAAGACAGCUCUUCUAGUGACGAUGAAACAGACACCAGAACCAUCAAGAUCAAGUCUUCCUCCAGUAACAAGGGUCCAUAUGAGUUUGACCAGCUGAGACUGGUACAGGACCUGAGUGGUGAACACACUGGUGCAGUCUGGACAAUGAAGUUCUCAUGUUGUGGACGGUUGUUGGCUACUGCAGGCCAGGACAAUAUCUUGAGAGUGUGGGUUCUUAAGGGUGCGUACAGCUACUUUGACGAGAUGAGACACAAGUACGCCAUGGAAGCCAGAGCAUCCCCAUCCCCCUCUCAAGAAAGUGUCAACUCUCAAAACUCCCAGAACUCAGAGCCUGGCAGUACAACAGAGUCCCCAGCCCACAGCCAGACUGGAUCAGGUACUCCAUCAGAAGAACCCGUGGAACACGAGGGACCAUUCCGACAGAUCCCCUUCUGUUCCUACCGCGGCCACACCGCUGACGUUCUGGACCUGUCCUGGUCUAAGAACUACUUCAUCCUGUCUUCCUCCAUGGACAAGACGGUGCGCCUGUGGCACAUCUCCAGGAGGGAGUGUCUCUGCUGCUUCCAACACAUCGACUUUGUCACAGCCAUAGCUUUCCACCCACGGGAUGACCGAUAUUUCCUGAGCGGGUCUUUGGAUGGGAAGUUACGUCUGUGGAACAUUCCAGACAAGAAGGUGGCCCUGUGGAACGAACUGGACGGGGACAUCAAGCUCAUCACUGCCGCAAACUUCUGCGAGAACGGCAGAUUCGCCGUGGUGGGGACGUACGAUGGGCGCUGUAUCUUCUUUGACACUGAGCAUCUGAAGUACUUUACCCAGAUUCAUGUACGCUCCACGAGGGGAAAGAAUUCCAAGGGAAGAAAGAUUACAGGGAUCGAACAACUACCAGGGGAGCAUAAGAUUUUGGUGACUUCCAACGACUCCAGGGUUCGGCUGUAUGACCUGCGAGACUUGUCCCUGUCCUGCAAGUACAAGGGUGGGACCAACACCAGCAGUCAGAUCAAGGCUAGUUUGAGUUACAAUGGGAAGUUCAUCGUGUGUGGGUCAGAAGACCACUACAUCUACAUCUGGAAAACUUACUACGACUACAGCAAGUUCACGUCUGUCAGGAGGGACAGGAACGACUUCUGGGAGGCCUUCAGGGCCCACACUGCCGUCGUCACCGCCGCCAUCUUUGCAUCCAACCCGACCGCCAUUUUCUCUUCCAUGGAGACCCAGUCCUCGGCCAAUCAGGAGAAGGAGGGAGCGUCCAAACCGGAGCCCGGGGAGGUUCUAGUGUCCGCUGACUUCAGCGGAGCCGUGAAGGUGUUCGUGAACCGAGCUGCAAAGACCAAGCAGCAGCGCGUGUCAGAGGUACAGGCACCAAUGCCGACUGCUGUAACCCAGCCCAGUGAAGCUAAACCAACCGAGCAAGACACAACAGCAAAGGAAAACGCCGGCGCUGUUCAAACGAGCAAGGCUCCGCCGAAGCCCCCCAGAGCGAGCGUAAAGGGCCCCCCUCCCUCACGCCCACCACCCCCUGUCCGCCCACCACCCCCUGCAGUGCAGAAAGCAUCAUCAUGAAGGAGAAAAAAUGUUUUAGGCUAGCUGUAUGUUGUUGUUUUUAUUGAGAAAAAAUAGGCUAGCUUUAUUGCAAUAUAAUGGUAACCCCCUCCCCCCCACACACAUACUCUUUGCCAUACAUGCAUAUGCCUGUUUUAGCCAUUGAUAGAAUCAUAGGAGUGUGAUAAAAGUUUCUCGGUGGCCCAGUUUUUCUUCCCUACCUGUUUUUGUUGGGCACAUUAUCAUUUUGUUUCACCCUCUGUCAAGCAGCCCCAAACUAGAGCAAAGACCAAUGCAAAUGUUUUUGAAUCUUCAGUGAAAAUUUCCUUUCAGGUGCCUCUAUGUAUUUACCAAUUGCUCGUUUACACAAAAUAUUAGCCAAUGAAAGUAUAAGGCAAGGAUCUUUGAAGAUUUCAGAAUACUAGCAAUGUUAGUGUACAUGAAUGAAGCAUUGAGAGGUUUUGAAAUCUGUGUGGUUUGUGAAUGAUUGUAUAAAGUGGGCAUCUCCUGCCAAGUGGUAGACCUGUACAAGAUUGAUGUAAUCAUAUGGAUGUAUCUCCAGCCUUUGAAAAUAUGUAAGACUUCAGAUAACAAAGUGAUGAAUGUUCUGUAUUGCUCAGACGUAAUUGAACAUUGAUAGCAUAAACUCCUGUCAUUAAAAAAAAA